GCCUUCGGUGCGCCUGAGAACGCGCAGCGCAUGGAGGAGGCUCGGGACAACGCCUGCAACGACAUGGGCAAGAUGCUGCAGUUCCUUCUGCCCGUGGCUACCCAGAUCCAGCAGGACGUGAUCAAAGCCUACGGCUUCAGUAACGAUGGGGAAGGGGUCCUGAAGUUCGCUCGGCUGAUUAAGUCCUACGAGUCGCAGGACCCAGAGAUCGCCAGCAUGUCGGGCAAGCUCAAGGCCAUGUUCCUGCCGCCCAUGACGCUGCCGCCGCACGGGGCUGGGACCGGCGGAGUGGCAACCUCCUGA